AUGACUUCUCCUCUUCCAGUUGAUAGACUCAACAGAUCUAUUCCGGUCGAUGCUUCUUCAAACUCUCAACCAAAACCUCGCUCUUUGGCUUCUGCCAGACCUAUCGCCGGGACACCCAUCUCGAUACGCAACAUCCCUCCUCGUCUCUCUUCUUCCGUCUCACGUUCUCUUUCUAGAUCUUUCACACCAUCAGGUAGACAACCACCUAUCCCCAAAGUUGACAAUAAAGAUUUGGAAAUAGGACAUAAAUCUUUACCUAUUCCUUUACCUCAAACUUCCGCUUUGACAGCCGCAUUGGCCGUUUCACCUCAACCUGCUCUUUCACCAGCUCUAUCAAGAGAAUCAUCCAUGGAAGGUUUAUCCGCCAAGAGUAAAGGUAAACGAAAGGAAAGUGGAACUUCUAUCAGACCUCCCGUUGAUCUACCUCGGAAAGCGUCUUCAGGAAAUGUUCGAUCCCCGCCGUUGAAGAGUAACGGAAGUGGGAGCUCCACACCCAAGACAGAUGUGGCUUUCUCCCAAGCUGCGGAAGUCAGUACUGAGGCAAAAGCAGAAGUGUUGAGGAGACAUUUGGUCUCAGCGGAAGAGAGACGUAAAUCGUCUUCCACUCCAACACCUGCAGGGCAAACACCUAGACCGGCUAGUCCAGAACCUCGAUCAGGAGAUGGGUAUGGUGCUAUGGGAGAGACGAGUGGACAGAAGCCUGUGGUGGAAGGUGAAUCUGGAGUUUCACGAGCAAGUGGAAUGAUCUCUAAUUUAGGGCAAGAUGAUCCUUUUCCAAUGCCAUAUGAUGCUCCUGGUGGGGAUGUAACACACGAUCUAUACAAAUGGCAACAUGAUCAUGAUCAGCAAGCCCGUUUGACCCGCUCUGCUUCUUUCUCCCAUAUACCAUUGGACAGAUCAGCAAUACUUGAUCCCACCUUGGCCCAUAUAAAGGAGCCGGGAGGGUUCAGAAGGAACUUUGUGGUGAAUAGAGCGCAUGAACAAGGAUUGGAAGCUCCUACAAUGCUAAGGAAUGUUGUCGAGUUUUUGUACUUUUAUGGUCAUUUUGCCGGAGAAGAUUUAGAAGAAGAUUCGGAUGAAGAAUCAGAUGAUCUCGAUGGUCAACUACCUACUCUUGCUUCUAUCGAGAAUGGUCGCAAUCCCAUCGGUGACUCUGCUACAAUUCGUGGAGGUAUCAUUGGAUGGGAACCCCGAGCGCCAAGCACAGAACGGACCUCUUUAUUGGGAACCAGAGGAAAUAGUAAAACACGUCAUCGUCGGAUGCGUAGUGGUCCUCAAGCCGGGACGGCAAGUACAGCUCAAGCUGUCUUAAUGUUGCUGAAGGGGUUUGUAGGUACGGGCAUUCUAUUCAUGGCUAAGGCAUUCUACAAUGGAGGAAUUCUCUUUUCGUCAAUCAUCUUAUUAGGGAUGGCAGCUAUCUGUCUUUGGUCUUUCAUGCUUCUCAUCAAAUGUUAUAUGGUCGUUCCUGCUUCUUUCGGAGAUAUUGGAGGAGUGUUGUAUGGAAAUUACAUGAGGUUGAUAAUCCUUGCCAGUAUAACAAUCUCGCAACUUGGUUUUGUCGCCGCAUACACGAUAUUCAUCGCGGAGAAUUUACAAGCUUUCGUACUCGCAGUGACAAAUUGUAAAACUUAUAUAUCCGUCGGAUAUCUUAUCUUCGCUCAACUAUUGGUGUUCUUGCCUUUAUCAAUGAUAAGGAAUCUUGCAAAGUUAUCAGGGACGGCUUUAGUGGCUGAUGCGUUCAUCCUUAUAGGGCUCAUCUAUAUAGGGACGAUCGAAACUACCGUUCUGGCGAAAAGAGGUGUUGCAGAUGUAGCUUUGUUCAACAAGGCAGACUUUCCGUUGUUGAUCGGUACUGCCGUGUUUGCUUUUGAAGGUAUUGGGUUGAUCAUCCCUAUCACUGAAUCCAUGCGACAACCUCAGAAGCUUCCACGACUAUUAUCCAUCGUCAUGCUAUUCGUAGCUAUCCUCUUUGCCGCUUUUGGUGUGUUGGGAUAUGGAGCAUACGGAAAAGAUAUACAAACUGUGGUCAUUGUGAAUCUCCCGCAGGAAGAUAAAUUCGUUCAAGCUGUUCAGUUCCUUUAUAGCAUCGCCAUCCUCCUUUCCAUUCCCCUUCAACUCUUCCCAGCCGUACGUAUCAUGGAAAAUGGACUAUUCUCUCGUUCGGGGAAACAUAACCCGAAAGUCAAAUGGCAAAAGAAUCUCUUUCGCGUCGGUACAGUCAUUUUCUGUUCUUUAGUCUCUUGGGCCGGAUCAGCAGAAUUGGAUAAGUUUGUCGCUCUCAUUGGAUCUUUUGCAUGUGUCCCAUUAUGUUUCAUCUACCCACCUUUGUUACACUUACGAGCAUGUGCUAAGACCCGUACUAGUCGAAUGGCAGAUUAUGUUUUCUUAUGCUUUGGGAUCGGUAUAGGAAUAUAUACGACCGUUCAGACAUUAAGGAGUUUAGUAGGGAGUUCUGGUGAAUCACCAAAGUUUGGGAAAUGUGAAAUACCUUUGUGA